AUGUUGGGGAAUUACUCUAGUGCCACUGAAUUUUAUCUUCUUGGCUUCCCUGGCUCUGAAGAACUCCACCACAUUCUCUUUGCCACGUUCUUCUUCUUCUACUUGGUGACACUGAUGGGAAAUACGGUCAUCAUUGUGAUCGUCUGUGUCGAUAAACGUCUGCAGUCCCCCAUGUAUUUCUUCCUUGGCCAUCUCUCCGUCCUGGAGAAUCUGGUGACAACAGUAACUGUCCCUGUGAUGCUUUGGGGGUUGCUACUGCCUGGGAUGCAGAGGAUAUCUUUGACUGCAUGUAUUGCUCAGCUCUUCCUGUACCUUGCUCUGGGGACCACAGAGUUUUCAUUACUGGGAGCAAUGGCUGUGGACCGCUAUGUGGCUGUCUGUAACCCUCUGAGGUACAACAUCAUUAUGAGCAGCCGUACUUGCUACUUUGUGGUAAUUGUGUCGUGGGUGUUUGGGUUCCUUUUUCAAGUUUGGCCUGUGUAUGCCACGUUUCAGUUUACUUUCUGCAAGUCAAAUGUGGUGAACAAUUUUUUUUGUGAUCGAGGGCAAUUGCUCAAACUAGCAUGUGAUGAUACACUUUUCACAGAGUUCAUUCUUUUUUUAAUGGCUGUGUUUGUCCUCUUUGGUUCUUUGAUUCCUACCAUUGUCUCCUACACCUACAUCAUCUCCACCAUCCUCAAGAUCCCCUCCGCCUCUGGUCGGAAGAAAGCCUUCUCCACCUGUGCCUCCCACUUCACCUGCGUGGUCAUUGGCUAUGGCAGCUGCUUGUUCCUCUAUGUGAAACCCAAGCAAACGCAGGCAGCUGAUUACAACAGGGUGGUAUCCCUGAUGGUUGCAGUGGUGACCCCUUUUCUGAACCCAUUUAUCUUCACUCUCCGGAAUGACAAAGUCAUAGAGGCACUUCGGGAUGGAGUGAAGCACUGCUGUCAACUAUUCAGGAACUAG